AUGGGCGAGAACCCCACAGUUCCUUGGGGUAACCCCAAGGGUCUGCUGAAACGGACCGGCGGCGCUUUCGCCUUAGCAAACACUCGCUAUUAUGACAGUCAUCCAACAGAUCCUGAAAACGAUACCGACAUCGAUCUGUGCAUUCAGCGACUACUCGACAAUGAUCCCACGCUCAAGGAGAUUAACAUGAACAAUAUGAAGCGCACCCCAAUUCCACAACUUCGACGGCUAUUGGAGGCAUUAGCUUAUAACGAACAUUGUGAACGAUUAUCGUUAGCCAAUAUGGGCCUUUACGACAAUGAUCUCGCAGUUCUCAUGCCAGUGCUCGAAAUUAAUAGGGGUUUGAAGAAACUCAAUAUCGAAACAAAUUACUUGAGCGGCGACUUCUUCAUCAAGUUCUUCCAAGCGGCUCUCACCAAAUGA